UUUUUGGAAUUUUACUGCGCUACCAUUUAAUGGACCGCGUGAUACUUGCGAAAACAUUUUUACUCGAAGAUGAGAAUCUGAUUCCACGAUCAUUGGGAAAAGCAGCUGAGAUCGUGGAACUGAUUCACGGCAGGAACAAUAUUAUUAGGACAGCUAAAAUUUUAAUAAAUGGAAAAAUUUUAAAAAGAAGUAUUAAUCAACUUUUUCGUUUAGAAGUUCAACCCGAAGUCGAAACUGUUCACGUUAUGGCAACAAUUGAAACUAGCAAACCUAUUGGCAACAUUAAUUCAAAUAUGGAAAUGAAACAACGCAAACGAAAGCAUGACGAAGAUCAACACAAGGUUUUACAAUUCCCGAAAUUGGCUCCUGGCUUUACAAUACCAAAAAGAAAAAUACUCAAACCAAAACGAAUGUCCAUUGCCGGCAUGAAUAUGCUCUACAAAAGCCUGGGAGGAAAUAAAUACUCGUUAGAGGACCAAGAAGUUAUUCGCCAAAAAAUUGCUCUGGCUCCAAAAUUAUCGGAAGAAGAAAGAAAAGAAAAAGAAGAAAAAAUGAAAAAUGAAGCUUUGGAAAAAUAUAAAAUUGAAUUUAAGAAAAGAUGUGAGCGAGGCGACAAAUGGUACAAUACUUUGGAAGCAAAUGUUUCAAUUACAACAGAGCCUUGGGACAAAACAAUAAAAACUUGUGAAAAUUUGGAAAUUAAAAGAGCAGCACAAAAUGCCGCUCGGGAGGAGCGAGGGAUUCAAUUAAAUGAAUUUCUUCAAAAAAUUUCAGACAUUCAAACGCCGGCACCAAAAGAACAAAAUGUUUUCUAUUACAAUGUGCUCCACGAAUGUAAAGGAGAACUUCACAAAGAUUGCAAACCUGAUGAGCGUCUUGGAGAAAAUGCCGAGCAACGACCAAUGUUCAAUCGUCUGAUAAUCCCACCGCUGUACUGUCUCCUUCAUAUCUUUGCGUAUGAAUGGCUUACAUGA